GCAUGAUGAAAUGGAUUUAACAGCAAACAUUUCCUUAAAUGCCUCACAACCUCAUCACUAGGUGUUCACUUUGGUGAAAGACUGUCAGGUUACACUGUUAGACCCUGAAUUGCACUGGCCUGCGUUAAAAAUCUUGCCUUUGGUUUGUAGGACACACGAUUGGGUGGAUUGGUGGAGCUCCCUUAGCCUCAGGUCAUUGACUGGCAUGGAGGUAAUGAGAGAUUUACUCAGAGCCUAUGGGAGAAUCAAGGAAAAUGCCAAAGCCCAUGGAAUGUUGAAUACUUUUCUAAAACUCAGGACAGUUAUUGGUGAAGUGGGAACUGUUAUUGUAUUGAUCCAGAAACGAGGCUCAGAGAAAUGAAGUGAGUGAUGUCUCCAAGGUAACACAGCUGGCAAGUCUCGGGUUUCAAGAGUUUGGAUGCAAACCACGGGAGACUGACAAAAGAACUGGGGACUUGUAAUCGCUUUAACCAGGAUGUGAAGCCCUCAGCAUGGGUCAGGCAGUUAGCAGGACCGGGGAGGCGCAGGUGUCUGUGACCUUUGAUGAUGUGGCUGUGACCUUCACCCAGGAGGAGUGGGGCCAUCUGGACCCGGCUCAGAGGACCCUGUACCAGGAGGUGAUGCUGGAGACGUGCAGGCUCCUGCUGUCUUUGGGGUGUCCUGUCCCCAGACCUGAGCUGAUCUACCAGCUGGAACACGGGCAGGAGCUGUGGGUGGUGAAGAGAGACCUCUCCGGAAGCACCUGUCCAGGAUACAGAUCAGAAGAAGGGCUGGAGGUGUUCCAGUCACGAAGCUUCCAUGUCUUCCGCGACUCUUUACCUCCGGGAAUUGAUGUUUGGCAAUAUGUACACAGAGCGUUGGCAGCCCAUGAACCUCACCAGGGCCCGGUUGACAAAGGAAAACCCAAGACCGCAGAACCUACCAGUUGUGAGCCAACGCUGUCUGAGGGAGCCUCUCUCCAGGAACUGACACAAGGAGGCCCAGGGGACUCCCAGCUGGGACAGACGAAGGAUCGGGAUGGGCCGCUGGCAGUGCAGGGAGACCACUUUGUACCAGGGAUCAACCCCCAGAGGGAGAAGCUUCAUGAAAAAAUAAGUCCUGAGCAUGGCAGCUUAGGGACAGCUGGUGGUGUGUGUUCAAGGGUCGAAGAGGAGCCAGUCCCCGUAGGGGGUGCUGUCCAUGACCGUGACUCCUGUGGAUCAAGUAAAGAUCCCCUGAUUCAGGAUGAGGAAAGUCUCUUCAAAUGCAAUGACUGUGGGAAAGUUUUUAACAAGAAACACCUUCUUGCUGGACAUGAAAAGAUUCACUCUGGAGUGAAGCCCUAUGAAUGUACUGAGUGUGGGAAAACCUUCAUUAAGAGCACACACCUCCUGCAGCACCACAUGAUCCACACCGGGGAGAGGCCCUACGAGUGCAUGGAGUGCGGCAAGGCCUUCAACCGCAAGUCCUACCUGACGCAGCACCAGCGGAUCCACAGUGGGGAGAAGCCCUACAAGUGCAGUGAGUGUGGAAAGGCCUUCACCCACCGCUCCAAUUUUGUCUUACAUAAGAGGAGACACACUGGGGAAAAAUCCUUUGUGUGCAAAGAAUGUGGGCAGGUCUUCCGACACAGGCCAGGAUUCCUUCGACAUCACAUCAUCCACAGUGGCGAGAAUCCAUAUGAGUGCUUCGAGUGUGGCAAGGUGUUCAAACACAAGUCAUACCUCAUGUGGCACCAGCAGACCCACACUGGGGAGAAGCCCUACGAGUGCAGCGAAUGUGGGAAAGCCUUCUGUGAGAGCGCAGCCCUCAUUCACCACUAUGUCAUCCACACCGGGGAGAAGCCCUUCGAGUGCCUCGAGUGUGGCAAGGCCUUCAACCACAGGUCAUACCUCAAGCGGCACCAGCGGAUCCACACUGGGGAGAAGCCCUAUGUGUGCACUGAGUGUGGAAAGGCCUUCACCCACUGCUCCACUUUCAUCUUGCAUAAAAGGGCACACACUGGCGAGAAACCUUUUGAGUGCAAAGAAUGUGGGAAAGCCUUUAGCACUAGGAAAGACCUCAUUCGGCACUUCAGCAUCCACACUGGAGAGAAGCCGUAUGAGUGCACGGAGUGUGGGAAGGCCUUCAACCGCAGGUCUGGCCUCACCAGACACCAGCGGAUUCACAGUGGAGAGAAGCCCUAUGAGUGCAUGGAGUGCGGGAAGUCCUUCUGUUGGAGCACAAACCUCAUUCGACAUGCCAUCAUCCACACUGGAGAGAAGCCCUAUAAGUGCAGUGAGUGUGGAAAGGCCUUCAGUCGCAGUUCCUCCCUCACUCAGCAUCAAAGGAUCCAUACUGGGAGAAAGUCUGUCAGUGUGACAAAUGUGGGAAGACCCUUUACAAGUGGGCAAACCUCUGUCACCCUCCGAGAACUCCUAUUGGGGAAAGACUUUUUGAAUGUAAACACAGAGGAAAAUCUUUUGCAAGAGAAAGUACCUGCUGUGACAUCUGAUCGUACAUACCAAAGAGAAACCCCUCAAGUAUCUUCGCUUUGAGAAAACCUGUUAGAUCAUCCAUCGUUGUGUAAAGACCUAUUUUAGAAAUUGACGCAGCGUGGAACCUUAUUCUGCAUCUGAGAAUUCAUCCGUAAGGGAGAGACUAGUGUUUAUUGUGCACUAAGGAAAACUAGCUGUGUUUUUCUCCUUAGUUUACACUGUAGUGUUAUCUCAGGAAUUUUUGUAAAAAGAAGAUGGAAACUUAGAUAAGCAAAUGAAAUGCAAACACAGUUCCUUUGAGACUUCUCUGUCAAGCUUAUGGCACUUUGAGAUGGGUUCCUUAGUUUACUUGGGGUGAGCGGAACAUUUAUUUCACUGGCAAAGGGCCUUGACUCUUCGUGGGUCUUUGUAUACACACUCGUUAUCCAGUGUCGGGAGAGUCAGAUAGUUGAGGGCAGGUAUUUAAGUAGAUAAAGAUACACACAUGGUAUACAGGCACAUUUUAUUGCACCAGUUAAGACCUUCAGGCUUUAGUUUUUUUUAAAAAACAAACUGUUCUUUUGGUGGUUUUAAACAGCAAACAUUCAGACUUUUUCAUUGAUUCAGUCUGUUGUUUACUUAAUUUUAGCUCUACCAUAAAUCUUAAAAUUGGAUAAAUGAAUCGUCUCUAUUAUUAUUUAAAUUGACUUAGCUUUCCUAGUUCCUUGGACUUCCCAUGUGAAUCUUAGCAUGCAAAAAAAAUCUUGCUUCAGCAUUUAUAGAGAUUGAUUCAAACCUAUAGAGCAGUUUGUUCAGAAGUAACACUGAACACAGUACAUGAUAUGACAUGUCAUUAAGCAUUCUUGGUAUUUCAUUACCAUUUUGUAAUUUUCAAUAAUUCAGGCCCUGUAAACUCUUAAAAGUGAUUCAUAAAUGCAUAGAUUUUUUUUUAUUUUUUCCUUGUGUCUUGUAGGAUAUUAGUUCCCCAACCAGGGAUCAGAUCCAGACCAG